UUUUCCAGCUACUAGACCAGAUGUUUGUGCGCCGUCCAUUUCCGAAUCCUUGAUAAUGCCCAACAAUGUUUCCUCUAUCUCGGAGCUUUGUCUGACUUCCAGAUGUAUCACUGAAGCAUCAGAACAAACUACUGAAAUCUCAGUGGACCUAGAGAAAUUGGCAUCUUUUCUGAAUACGUCUUCAGAAUACGAUUUUUGCUUGACACUCGGAUGCGCCAAAGCAGCUGUCGAAAUCUUAUCUAAUUUGAAUGAAAGUGUAGAUCCUUGCGAUGAUUUCUACGAGUUCGCCUGUGGCGGCUGGAUAAAGGAGCAUGGCAAAGACAAGUCAUGUACCUCUGUUUUAUCCAACAUUCAACAUGAUAUCGAUCUGAAACUCAAAAAUCUCUUGGAAAAUGAACUGACGAAAGAGGAACCUGUCUUUAUUCGCAUGAUAAGAGACAUGUAUUUUUCCUGUAUGAACGAGAUAAGGAUCAAGGCAGAGGGUACUAAGCCUAUAAAGGACGUUCUUCGGUAUCUUGGAGGUUGGCCUAUGGUGGCUGGAAGAAAGUGGGAAUCGACUACCUUUGACUGGCUUGAUACUCUCAUAAAGAUCCGAGACCUGGGCUUCAGUCAUGACAUACUCAUGGAGCUUUCUGUGACGGUGGAUCCUUGGAAUAAUGGUGCUCAUGUUAUAAAGUUGGGCAAGCCGUUGUUAGGAAUAGAUGGUCGUCAUCUAUUGCAUGGAAUAGCUGACAAUUCCACAAACGCUUAUUUGAAUUUAAUGGUGCAAGCAGCUCAAUUGUUAGGUGCGAAAGGUUCAUUAACAAAGAAAACUUAUAAGACACUCGAAUUCGAAAUGAUGCUUGCCAAUUUAUCUUCAUUCAAGAAGGAUGGACAUAUUAAGAAUAAGUCUCCCAAGAAGUUUAGAGUUAAGAAACUUAUGGCUGAAGUUAAAGAGAUUAAGUGGCUUAAGUAUCUCAGAAGCUUACUAAAUGAUCAAAUCUCUAUUUAUGACAUUGUGCUUGUUGAGGACAUAGAUUUCUUCAAAAACCUAGCAACUUUCAUCAAAGAAACGGACAAAAGGGUAAUUGCAAACUAUAUGCUCUGGAGAGUGGUCUAUCAAUCCUUGUCGUUAUUUCGGGAAGAAUGGAGGAAUCUGAAACACACGACAAGAAAUAUCCGACGUAGACCUCGUUGGAAAGAAUGCAUCACAGAAAUUCGUGAUAACUUAGGAAUUGCCCUCAGCUCUUACUAUGUUCGAAAUUACUUCAUAGAGGACAACAAAGAAUCGGCAUUAGAGUUUGUCAACUACAUUCACCAAGAGUUCAUACGUAUUUUAAACAACACCCAAUGGAUGGCCGACAGAAUUAAAAGUAGAGCGAAAGCGAAGAUUAAUGGAAUAAUGUCACAUAUCGGAUAUCCGAAAGAACUUCUGAAUGAUUCUUAUGUAUCUGAUUUGUACAAGAACUUGAAUUUUAAAAAGGAAAAUUACUUUAACAACACACUGAAAAUGCUCAAGUGGUCAACUGAUUAUUCUUUCUCUUUACUUCAGAAACGCCAUGUGAAAGGAGAGUGGAAAAAAUAUUCAAAAUCAACAGUCGUGAAAGCCUUUUAUGAUCAUAGAGAGAACAGCAUUGAUAUUCCGGCAGGGAUUUUACAGCAUCCCAUAUUCAACAUUAAUCGACCACACUAUCUGAAUUUUGGAUCCAUUGGUUACUUUAUUGGUUAUCAAAUUGCUCAUGCAUUGAAUCGUAAAGGUCAGAGUUUUAAUAAAAAUGGUAUUCGAAAGCACUGGUUCGGCAAAAGUGCAAAUGCAGUUUACAAAAAUAAGACGCAGUGCAUUGUAGAUCAAUAUGAUAAUUACAUCGUUGAAAAUGGAAUGCAGGUGAAUGGCCUAAAAACAAAGGAGAAAAAUAUAGCUGACGUUACCGGUCUUAAAGCCGCCUAUCAGGCUUAUCAGUCGUGGAUAAAGGAUAAUGGAAAAGAGCCUAAGCUGCCGGGGCUAGUCUAUACACCGAAUCAGUUAUUCUGGAUAAGUGCAGCAAACGUAUGGUGUGAAAAACUAAGUCCAAAAGCCUUGGAGCAUAUCCUAACAUAUAAAAGGCAUAGUCCAUCCAAAUUUAGAGUUAUAGGACCAAUGUCUAAUUUAGCACAGUUUGCCAAAGAUUUCAAUUGUAAAGCUGAUUCAUUAAUGGUUCGACGAAACAGUUGCGAAAUUUGGUAGGAGCAUCAUGUACGCAAACCAAAUUUUAGAAAUUACCUUAUUGGUGUAGGGUUGUUAUUUUUUAAUGCGUUAUUGAUGGAUGUAUGACCUACGUACUACCUGAAAAAUUUAUGUACAAUUUUACAUGUAUUAUCAAUAUCUUUGCUUUAAAUAAAAAGUUGAAGCUUCA